CACUAACUAAUCAUCAUACAUAUCGUUCAAGCAAAGAAACUUAACACAAAAAAGUUGCUGUCACAUUACAGUGCCACCAUCUACACUCCACUCUUCUUCCACCACUUUCUAGUUGUCACUUCUUCAGUAUUCCUCAAUUUUAUUUUUAAUUUAUUUUUUAAAUAAAUGUGCCCUUCUUCUUACUUUCCCAUUUUCUGUAUCUCAUGAUAUUCUUGCAUCAAAGUUCUGCACUUUUGAUCAAACCCUCAAAUCCCAUUUCAUGGAGAUCUGAUUGUAAGCUUAAAAACAGCAAAAACCCAGUUCAAUUUUAUGCUUUAAAACCCAUUUCUUGCAGAUUUCAGCAGAAAAAAGGGUUCUUUCAGCACAAAUUUUUAAGCAGCAGUAGUAGUAGUAUACAGGAAAAAUCUGAUAGUUUUUUGAUGAUGGAGUUUCUUAGUAAAUUGGGAAUUGGGUGUUUUGGGAAUAGGAAAGAUAAGCAAUUGCAGCAAUUAGGGCAGAAGACAGAGACUGAGUCUGUUGCUGGUGGGCAGGAUGUUGUGGAUUCUGCCAUGGUUGAGGCUAAGCUCUCUCCUAAGCAUCUUGUUGUCAUGGUUAAUGGUCUUAUUGGAAGUGCCACUGACUGGAAAUUUGCUGCUGAUCAAUUUGUGAAGCAGCUCCCUGACAAAGUAAUGGUGCAUUGUAGUCAAUGCAACACCGCUACAUUGACAUUUGAUGGUGUUGAUUUGAUGGGUGAACGUCUUGCUGAUGAGGUAUCCACUGUUAUCAGCCACAGGCCUGGGUUGCAGAAGAUUUCAUUUAUUUCACAUUCUUUAGGGGGUCUUGUUGCAAGGCAUGCUAUUGGAAAGCUGUAUGAACCUCAGGAAACAUCGAACAUUUUGGUUGCAAAGGGAAACUACUUUGAAGAUGAGACUUUAAGUUGUAGUGUGGAAAAGGUUGGGGAAGACUGCCAAGGUAGAAUUGCUGGACUGGAACCCAUGAAUUUUAUCACUGUUGCAACUCCACAUCUGGGUUCACGAGGACACAGACAGUUACCUUUCCUUUGUGGCGUCCUUUUCUUGGAGAAACAAGCUUCACAAACUGCGCACUUGAUUGCUGGAAGGUCUGGAAAGCAUCUCUUUCUAACUGAUACUGAAGAAGGCAAACCUCCACUUCUUGUUCGUAUGGCUUCUGAUUCAUAUGAACUAAGAUUCAUUUCUGCUUUACGAUCUUUCAAGCGGCGUGUUGCUUAUGCUAACGUUAACUUUGAUCAUGUAGUUGGGUGGAGCACCUCUUCAAUCCGCAGGCAGCAUGAACUACCUAAGUCUAAUUUACUCGCAAACGAUGACAAGUACCCUCAUAUUGUUUACAUUGAGCAUGACACUCCGGAUAACGGUCGCCAUAAAGUGUCUUCAAACGCUGAUAACCAGUCACUUGACUAUGAAGAGGAGAUGAUCAGAGGUCUUAACCAAGUACCUUGGGAACGUGUAGAUGUUAGCUUCCAUCAGAGCAGACAGCGAUACAUUGCACAUAAUACCAUUCAGGUGAAGAGCUAUUGGUUGAAUUCUGAUGGUGCAGAUGUUAUCUACCAUAUGAUCAACAACUUCCUGGUUUAAUCUCCAUCAUAAAUCGCUCCUUAUCUUGCGUACCAUGGGUUUGUCUGAAUUGUAAACUUAUAAUGCUUUACUCUGCAUUUCUUAGACUAGAUAUAGCUGCACAUGUUGUAUUUUACCGAAAAUUCUGCUCAUGUACGUCUGUUAGAUGUCAUUUUUGGAAUUUAGAACGCUGUUACUCCGUAUUAGUAUAUGAUCGUUGUAAUUAUUACCUUUUUCAUCUAUCACAGCCAAUGGUCAAUGCGACCUCUGUGUUAUGUAGGAGCUCUCAUUUUUCCUACAAAAGAGCUUUUUUUUUUCCCUGUACUCUCCAAUGACAAUAUUACUGAAAGUAUUCAAUAUAUAUCAAGGUAUGUAUUUUCUGAUGGUGUUGAUAUACAAGGAUGACUCAGACAGAAUAGACGACUUUGUAAUGUGUCUGUGUUGGUUAUGGAGAUCAUUGCUCUCGUUACUUUCUAUUCAUAUGAAAUCAACAAUCGACUCUGCUGUUCCAUUUAGUUGAAAGUGAAUGUCUCUGGUUCGUGCUUUCUAGGCGAGUGUUAACCUGUUAAACUGUUUGAACUAUCUGGUCUUUCUUUGAUUUAUUUUCGUUUUUUGAUAUGAUAGAUAUUCUUAUUUCCCUAAGUCAGGAGCUAGAAGAACCAGCAAAGUGUUGAGAAAGAUGCUUUUGAAACAAAUUGUGCAUAAAAUUGCUCUAUGCUCUUUGUAUUCUUCCAAAGCGACAGGCUUGCUAGUAUGAUGUAUCAACUAACUUUUUUUUUUUCUUUUUUUUUUUCUGAAAUUAUCAACUUCCUUUUGUUGAUUGUUUAUCUACAAAUGGCUGAAGCUUUGGAACCAAUAGUCAGGGGCGGAGCUAGAAGGGGACGAGUGGGGACACUUGUCCCCCCAUUUUCAAAAAAAAAAAAUUAAAAAAAAAA